GGGUCUCACAACUCUCAGAUCGCGUUCUCACCUUUUAAAUUAAAAACACGUUUCAAUAAAAGAUUCAAAAAGUGUUGUGAAUUUGUGUUCGAUUGCCAUUAUGCGAGUGAUUGUCCUCUAACAGAAGUUAUUACUUAUUUUUCAUUUAUUCUUUAACGCAAUCCAAAAAAAAAGACAUUAGUUUAAAAUGAUUGUAUCAGUAGAAUUAUUAUUCCAAAAGGCGGCGCUCUGCUGCAUUUUAUUCGUAGUGUGUAUAAGGGCGCAGGUGAGGGAAUGCCAAGGAAGUUCUAGGGGCUUGAAAUACGUUUGGGGAGAUGCACUUACAGAUCCACCAGACUGCCUGGGACCAGAUAAUUUACCAUAUCCCGCUGCAGCAGUAGCGCGCGCCGCCCGCGGCUGGAGUUCUGGCGGCAAUCGAAAGGGGCGAAUGGGAACACUGCCCACGCUGGACCCGCACGUCACGCAGCGGGCGCUGCUGCGAGCGCAUAAAGCCGCUCAUUCUUGCUUACCUGAUAAUCACCAAAUUGGUCGAUCAAUGUCUCAGGCUGGUGGUAGUCAAUGCGGCGGAACACCAGCGAGAUUGUGCAAGACGCGUUACAAUACGACGGCGCCUAUGUACGGAGUCUCAUUGACGUCAGGGCAGCCGGUCACCAUUGUGCAGAAGUUCCCCGAUCUGCUGCAGCAGGUUGUCUUCGAAGUCUGCGAAUCUUCCGAAUGUGAUGUCGUCCGCGGCGAAUGCACGCAGACCUACGUGCCGUAUUUGUUUCUGGUGAUACCGCUCGGGCCGGUGACGCUGACCGGCCAGGACUACGUGCUGGUAGAGAGCGGAUGCGUCUGCAAACCUAAGUACGCGACGAGCAAUGCCAUCGAACCCAACAAUUUACCUUGAAAAUAAACAAAAACGCUGGGCGUUUUCUCAAAACUUUGUACCAUAAUAAUAAAUGCUGUUGUGAGUUGCCUGCAAUCUUUGGGAUUGCAACAUGAUAGUGUUGCUCUCCCGAUUCGCUCUCAAUAAGAUUAAACUUCUACAAUCAAAACUAAGAGCGAAGAUAGAUGCAAUAAAACGCUACUUUUAUAUUUCACAUUCAUAUUCUUAUUUAUGAGAAUGUAUCGACGUAAUGUAGCUAGCUUGAAUCAAGUUUUGGUUGAUUCAAGUCGAUAAUGUCCAACUACUAUCACAGGCGCUGCUAUUUUAAAAUGUUGAUGAAGCACGUAUUUUUGUAUUUUUAUAUUGGGACAAAUAUAUCUUAUAAAUUAGAAAUUAAAUAAAAAAUAAGUAUUUAUUUUGUGAUUUAGUAAAAAUAUAUUAAUUGUUAGAUAAUUUCCGGAUGUUAGCAGAAACCGCGACUAAACGUGAUUUUUUGUGUAAGCCGAUAAUGCAUUUUAAAAUUUCAGAACAUUUUGCAUCAAAAAUUUCAUUUUUUUAUUUUAAUGUCUAUUUAAUAAUUGGCUGGAUAUAAUAAACAUAACAAAAUAUUGUCAGAAAACAUGAACUGGCAUUUUACAAUAUAAAUACAUCUCAUCGAAUUAUUACAGCAGCGCCAUAUUUGAUAUUCUCAUAAAUUGGUAGCACACAUAAGGAAUAUAC